UGACUAGCGCGGAGGAACAUGCCAAAACAAUCUGGCAGACGUGCGAAGGAACGAGGGGGCGCACGGCAAGUCCAAGAUGGCGUCCACUCAAGAGGAAGAGCAGAGCUUGCGCGAAUGCGAGCUUUACGUGCAGAAGCACAACAUCCAGAAGCUGCUGAAGGACUGCAUCGUUCAGCUAUGCGUGAGCAGGCCGGACAACCCGAUAUCCUUCCUCCGGGAGUACUUCGCACGCCUGGAAAAGGAGGCGGCCACAAGAGCCAAGCAGCAGCAGCUUUCGCCCAUGGCGACCACACCUCCGUGCGAAGAGAAGGAGGAUGAGCUGUCGCCACUGCCCGUGCCGCCCCAGCGGAGCCGGCGUGGGGCGGUCAGCGCCGAGACCUACUCUGAGGAGGACGCCACGUCAUACGUCAAAAAGAUGGUGCCCAAGGACUAUAAGACCAUGGCUGCACUUUCGAAGGCCAUCGAGAAGAACGUCUUGUUCUCACACUUGGACGACAACGAGCGGAGCGACAUCUUCGACGCCAUGUUUCCCGUGGUUCACAAAGCGGGCGAGGUGAUCAUCCAGCAGGGGGACGAGGGCGACAACUUCUACGUCAUCGACCAAGGGGAAGUGGACGUGUAUGUCAACGGACAGCACGUCACCACGAUUGCGGAAAACGGAAGCUUCGGGGAGCUGGCCCUAAUUUACGGAACACCUCGGGCGGCUACAGUCAAGGCCAAGACAGAUGUCAAGCUCUGGGCGAUCGACCGAGACACGUACAGACGAAUCUUGAUGGGAAGCACCAUCCGCAAGCGCAAAAUGUACGAGGAAUUUCUUAGCAAAGUCUCCAUUCUGGAGAGCCUCGACAAGUGGGAGCGACUCACAGUGGCCGAUGCGCUCGAGCCUGUCACAUUCAACGAUGGCGACAUCAUUGUGGAACAAGGCAUGCCCGGCGAUGAUUUCUUCAUCAUUGAGGAGGGUUCAGCAUCAGUGUUGCAGAGACGAUCCGAGAGCGAGCCACAGGAAGAGGUCGGCAGGCUUGGCCCCUCUGAUUACUUUGGCGAGAUCGCGCUGCUGCUGGACCGGCCGCGGGCGGCCACAGUGGUGUCGCGUGGGCCCCUCAAGUGUGUCAAGCUCGACCGGUCCCGCUUUGAGCGUGUGUUGGGACCCUGCGCCGAGAUCCUCAAGCGCAACAUGACCCACUACAACAGCCUCAUAUCCCUCUCCGUGUAGAGGGCGUUUAUCCGAUAUUUGGCGGCUGUUUAACAGGAAAAAAAAGGAAAAAGGUAGCAAGUGGCAUCGCAGAAGAACAGAAGUUGCCAAUCUGUUUUCUCACUUUUGCAAAAUGGCUUAAGCGCACCAGAGAAACCCAUGCUGCCCCCCUGCCCUUCCCCACCCUAAAUUCCUCCUCGUCUGCAACGUUUAGCGCCGCCUGCUCCUUCUUUCAUGCUACCAUGGCUCUGCCUUCGAACUGGAACGUAACCCUACUUUGGUGGCUGUAGCAAGCGACUAGCCGACGUCUCAAGGGCUUCUAGAGAUGCCGGAGACGGCUCGCAUCUCAAAUUCCUGCGCGCCACUACGCGUUCGAUUGGCUACUCCAUUUGUCAAGGCCCCGGUAUGAGCCGCAGGUCAUCUUACGCACAGCGUACGCCGAGAACGGCACCUUUGGUGUUUCGCGACGACCUCACCGCAUUGGCUCAGCCAUUUCGUUAGGAUGGCCAUCGUAGUAAAUUUGAGAACUCGUUCUGCUCCGAAAAGCUGGCGCAGUGUGUUUUAUUGGGCGUUGAGAAAAAGUUGCGGGUUGGGUGGGUAUUGGCUUAUUCGCGGCAUGCGCGUUAAGUCUGGAAGUAACCGCAUUGUGCUCGUAACCUUGUCGCGCUUCUGUAGCCAUACUGCGCCGACUGACUGACCUGUACAAGAAAAUUAUUAUUACGUGGCUGGAUAUUUCACGUGAAACUUCCAGUCUCUUCUCUAUCCAUUGUGCUUCUCUGCUGUGUGACCUCAUAUGGCCACACAAAAGAGGAGUGCAGAAAUGGUGUGAAAGGGUGAGAGUGAGUCUCCCUCUCACCCAGUUGCCUCAUUUUAUUUGCACACUCUCCUUCGACUUUUUGCCUCGGUGAUUUUCGUUGCUGUCGUUUUACUUGUACAUAGAACUAGCUUCUUUAUGUCUUUUUUCGAGGCAGGCACAAGAGAUAUGUGUGGCUUACAUGGCCUUUGAGGAGAAGUUUGUCAUCUACGGAGCGGACAGAUUGUCUUAUUUUCGACUUCUCUAACGGAGCGGGUGGACUACCCUUUGUUUUAUUAGCUUUGCAUGUGCUUGUUUCGUGCCCCCCUCUUUCUAUCACUAGUGUGUGUGUGUGUGCGUGCAUGCGGGUGUGGAGAAGACAACCAAGUUCUCCUGAGCUUCGUUAUGGCGCACAUUUCAAGCUGCAGCCAGACCCCUCCCCCCUUUUUUUUCUGAGCAUUUUCCGUCUUGGCGGUGUGGCCAGUUGUGUUUUAGAUUUCCCACUUAGUGACUCUAGUCAUGGUUGUCCCUUCUCGAGUGACGUCUUGUCGGCACGCAUCGUCACUGGCACAGCGCAAGGAAUACACGCAGGAGGAGAAACGUCCGUUUUUGUCACACCCUUGCGGGUGUGCAAAUGAAUCCCCUAUCACUUUACUCCCAUUUUGGGGUGCGAGGUCCUUUUUCCAUAUUUUACUCCCUCUUGGGUGCAAGUUUUAUUUCAAAAAUCUUACUCUCUUUUCGGUGCAAGGUUUCUUCUUAGGGGUGUAGUGAUAAGGUUUACACCUGUAAUGGUGUACUUAGGCUAUCUAAGGUUUACACCUGUAAUAGUGUACUACGCAAGUUUAUGCCGAAAUGGGGGUUAAAAUUACUACGCGAUUGUAUAGCAGUAUUUUGAAGCGUAAAAACAUGCGUUAAAAGGGAGACAUUGAAAGAAGUCGUCUGAUGGCUUGCAACAUACCUGAUUGUUAAGGCAAUGGGGCAGUUGCCCGAUUUCCAGUUGCACCGAAUUCCGUAAAUGCAAAGCCAGCGCAUUUGCAGCAUCGAAUUGCUAGGCCAUUGAGGGGAUCUCCUCCUGACUUAUUCUUGCCUUGUGGUUGCUGUUGAGGGGAGUGGCUUUUUUCCCGUCUCAUUACGAAGUCGUUUGUGGCAGUGGUUUGUCGAAGUUAUGUCGGACUAGACCAUCGGUCGGUCUCUACUAGGCAGCUUGUAUCGCCCCAGCCGGUGACAUCGCAACUUUGUGCCUAGUUUCUGUUAACAGAAGGCUCAAUUGACCAGCCGUAGUCUGUAUUAGCGCACCAGAACUUCGGUUUCUUUUUUGCAGAUAAUUGUGUCUAGGCUUAGUCUCACAUUGUGAAGGAACUGACUUAGUUAGCCGUCUCAACCUCGUCUUCAUUUUUUGUACGUCUGAUGACGGUCGCCUUGAUGCGGUGUUGAAAAUGUGUUGAAAGCAACCAGUCAUCUUCUAGACGCAGUGUUUUUCUUUUUCAGUGCACUCGACAUUGUUUUGUAAGGGUGUCAGCUCUCAUAGCGCAGAUUAAUUUUUACUCCCGAAAUGCACCCAUGUGCCGCAGAGGACGAAACACUAGCCAGUGUCCUUUCAGGCAGCGUAGUAUGCCCCCAUCAUCUUAGCCGAGUAUGCAACGUCCGUGGUAUUUCAGGGUAGCCGGGCCAUGCGGCCCCCCAAUUUGUCGCCCUCAAAUUAGCCGCCAGUAAUGCUAAGAGCCAGCCGCUGCCGUUGUCGCGAACAGCGCGUUUUCCAUCACUGUGGUUACGGUCGUCUUCAGUACUUAAAGAGAGUACCCGUGGCACGUCGUUAAGUUUGUUGUUGCAGUUAGGGACUGUCAGAAAGGUUCACACUUGGCACAAGAUGCCCAGUGUGAUGCGUUCCAACAGAGUGCGGAACCUAGCAUUUGAGGGCGGCACCGGUAAGGUCUUCAACGUCUUGCUAACGGCUCUCCCCACCUCCAUUUUAUUUCCAAACGACGCACACUGAAGGUCCUUGUUGUGUGGUCUAUCUCUCUCUCUCUCUAGCAAAUGCGUUUCCAGUAACACCGCAUUUCUAACAAGCCAACAGCAGUCCUUCGAGACAAAAGAUUUGUACUGUUCAUGCGUCCGCGGCUUGUCAAGGGUUCCAAAACUGCCCAUGGUCGUCUCGCAGCUUGUGGAACGCAUGGCUGGCUCCAAACUCGCGGAACUGCGUCGUGCUCGCUGCCCGGUAGCACGUGAAAGGCCACAUCGCAAAAUUAUUUCGACUGCAGCGUACUGACCCGACUUGCACGCUAGGAUCGUCGUAAUCGCUUCGGAGUGGUGACUGAAUUGGUCACUGCUCCUUUUCUCGACAAGCCAUUUCUUGGUGGACCAUCUUACCUGCAAACCGUCUUCCUUGUCAAUUAGAAUUUCAAAAACCUUUCUGAUGAUGGAUAGACUCUAUAUGUUGUGCAUCAUGUCGAGAGUACCAGCUAAGAGCCACGCAUUCCACAGGCUGCAGUGCAAGUACGGGCUUCUGAUAGGGAGGUCUUUCUUCUCAUGCCUCGAGACCCAUUCUGUCGGGAACGGUGUAGUGUCAUUUUUUUUAUCGUCGAGAUGUGCGCUUACUCCCGUCUCAAUUGUCUUUUCUUUUAUUUUAAUGUAUAUGUAUGCAUAAAUUCUUGCGUGCCGUUUCGUGUUUAAAUGAAUAUAGGCCUGGCCUCCUUUUUCUUUUUUGCUUUUUUUCUGUUGUAUUCCUCUCUUGCUCCUCCACGCCCGACCCGUUUGUUGCAAAGCCCCCCCUGAACAGCUUCUUUUUGGACAAAUGUUCGGAGACGUGCAGAAGAUUUUGUUGUUAGAGUAAAAUAAACAAAAAGUGGUAUCAAUAAAAAA